GCAUCCUGCCCUCUUGAUAACAGUCGCUAUCGCUUUCAUUCAUAGUGCUCUCUUCGCGCCGAAACACUGGCUGACAAACCAAUUUGUGUAAGCUACAGUUAACCGACACAUUGCAAAUAUUUCUUCAAAUAUAGGAGUGGAGCGAAGAAAGCAAGCCUUUUUCUGUCCAACUCUAUAACUGUUAAUUACGCAGACGGACACAUCAUCAUCAUCUUCAUCAUCAUCCAGCUAACGAUGAAGUUGCGGUGGGGCUGGACGUGUCUCUUGUUACUGUCCAUCUCCAUGGUAACAUGGGCCCAGGAGGAAGAGCUGGUGGGUGAAGAAGAGGCUCAAGUGGAGGAUGGAGAUGUGGACAUGGAGACGGACAGCAGCGAGAACACUGAAGCAGAUGCCAAUGUGUCUUUUCAGGUAUCAUACAAGACUCCAGUUCCAACAGGAGACGUCUUCUUCACUGAGACAUUUGAUGAUGGUUCUUUGAGCAGCUGGCAGGUGUCUAAAACAAUUAAGGAGGAUGCUGAUGAAGAUAUUGCAAAAUAUGAUGGUAAAUGGGAGAUUGAGCCCCUGAAGGAAAACAAGGUGCCUGGUGAUCUGGGCUUGGUGCUUAAAUCUCGUGCUAAGCACCAUGCCAUAGCGGCUCUGCUUAACCGACCCUUUGUCUUUAAGGACAAGCCCCUCAUUGUCCAGUAUGAGGUAAAUUUCCAAAAUGGAAUUGACUGUGGAGGAGCUUACAUCAAGCUACUGUCAGAUUCAGAGGAUUUGGACCUGAAGCAGUUUCAUGACCGGACACCCUACAGCAUCAUGUUUGGGCCAGACAAAUGUGGAGAGGACUACAAACUGCACUUCAUCUUCAGACAUAAAAGCCCCCAUAAUGGAGAUAUGGAAGAAAAACAUGCAAAGCGACCUGAUGUCGAUCUGAAGAAGAUUUACACCGAUAAGAAGACUCACCUUUACACACUUGUGUUAAAUCCAGACAAUAGCUAUGAGAUCUUUGUAGACCAGUCCAGUGUAAGCAGGGGAAGUCUGUUGACAGACGUCAUUCCACCUGUGAACCCUCCUAAAGAGAUAGAUGAUCCAAAAGACUCCAAGCCAGAGGACUGGGAUGAGAGAGCCAAAAUCCCUGACCCAGAAGCAGUCAAACCUGAAGACUGGGAUGAGGAUGCUCCAGCUAAGUUGCCUGAUCCUGAUGCAAUCAAGCCUGAGGGGUGGCUAGACGAUGAGCCAGAAUUUGUGUCUGAUCCCACUGCAGUAAAGCCUGAUGACUGGGAUGAGGAAAUGGAUGGAGAAUGGGAGGCUGCUCAGGUGCCAAACCCAGCAUGUACAACUGCUCCUGGCUGUGGUGAAUGGAAGCAACCCAUGGUCAAUAAUCCUCAGUAUAAGGGCAAAUGGAAAGCUCCUCUCAUAGACAACACCAACUACCAGGGUGUGUGGAGUCCAAAGAAGAUCCCAAACCCUGACUACUUUGAGGAUCUGCAUCCGUUUAGGAUGCCUUCAUUUAGAGCUGUUGGUCUGGAGCUAUGGUCUAUGACCUCGGACAUUUACUUUGACAAUUUCAUUAUUACUCCAGAGAAGGAGGUGGCAGACCGCUGGGCUGCAGACAGCUGGGGACUCAAAAAACUGGUGGCUAGUGCCAAUGAGCCUGGAGUGUUGAGUCAGUUGGCACUGGCUGCAGAGGAGAGGCCCUGGCUGUGGGUGGUUUACAUCCUUACUGUUGGUCUGCCUGUCGGACUGGCUGUGCUCUUCUGCUGGCCAAAGAAGUCAGAUGAUGACUAUGUAUACAAGAAAACUGACAAACCCAAAGCAGAACAAGAGGAGGAGAAAAGAAAGGAUGAAGAAGAAGCAGCUCCUGAAGCUACUGGGGAGGAGAAUGAGGAUGAGAUGGAGGACGGAGAAGCUGGAGGAGAUACAGAGGAAGAAGAGGAGGAGGAGGCCAGUAAACCAAAUGACAUGCCUUCAGAGGAUGAAAUGAAGGAUGCUGAUGAAGAAACCCAGGGCACAGGAAAUAAACGUAAAGCUGUGAGAAAGAGGAGAGUACGGAAGGACUAAACAAACACACCUCGUUUUUCCCCUCAUUCUCUCUUCCCUCUUAUUCCUCUGCCUCUCUUUAGCUGCAUGAUUUUGGCUUUAUGCCCUUUAGCAUGCAAAAAUCGGCAAACCUAGUCGCUCUACUGAAGAGGUCAUUCUCCCAUCAGAUUGAACCUCGCCUCCACAUUUUAGUCUUCCACUUUGAUCUUAUUGGUUAUUGUUCAGAUUUAGAUACAAAAGUUUACCCUGCUGAGUUUUAUUUUCCUUUUUAAGUUAUUUUCUUAUUUUUCUUUUUAGAUAAGGAUUCAGUUAGUAUUUUCCCAGUAUUUCCCUACUAGUAAGUAAUGUAAUUCCAAGUACUCUGAAGGAAAAUGUACAAUGAAUAUUUUAGGAAGAUGAACUAGUUUAUGAUCACCUCUAUAAUAUGUUUCAGCUCUUUAAGUUAUUAAGUUGUGAGUUCUAAGUUAUGAGCUUUUUAAAUUGAUCAAAUUGUGCUGAUUGUAUUUAUUGAUUCUAACUUGUUUGAAAAAUGAUAAAAUUUUAUUUAGACAUAGUACUUUAUAAUAUUGCUUUCUACUGAGUCAUUACCACAGUUAGCUGGCUGUGGAGAAAAAGCUGUGCUUGUUAGACCUGUUACUGUCUUCACAAAACAUCUAUAUCAGAGGAGUGCAUUAUAUGGAUAAGUAUUUCUUUUUUGGCAUUGAAACAAGUCAUUACACAGAUCACUUAACACUGUAGCCAUGGGCCCAGUUGUAAGCACACUGAAAACACUUCCAUUUAUUCCUGUUUGACAUCAGACUGACUGACAUGAAACCAUUGAGCUUUUUAAAAGCAGAUUUGGUUGUUUUUUUUAUUAAGUGAUGAACAGUUUUGUUUUUCUGCUAUUCUCGGUCAUGUGUUCAGCCUUACGAGGACAGUCUUUUUGUUUACAUGUUUGCAAACUGUUCAUUGCACUUGGAAAUAAAUAUUUACUAUAAAUGUCUGCGUGCACUGUUGCCAUGACUUCAGCAGGAAGAGAGUUUACUCGC